UUCAUUCAGUACCUUUCCAGCUUUCGUGCAGAGUGGUUCACCAAUAUUUAUUCUCUGUGUUCUGUUCUGGAGUUUUCACAUACAGAUUUUUCGCAUUGCUUAGCAGUUCAGUUUUUUAUGUUAAUUUCCACUACUUAUUAGUUUCUAUUGGUGACUAUAUAAGUUUGCUAUUACUUAGAAGUGUGACAUAACAAUUUGAAUAAAAUUUUCGAUAAUAAUUCGGCUAGUAAAAAAUCAGUAUAUUUUGACGAAAAAAUGUUUUUUAUUCAUACGUGUGUUCGUAUUAGUGCUGUUUAGUAAGUUUAUCACUGCCGCAAGGAUGAAACAGUGAUAAAGUGCGGUUGGAACGAAAGCAAAGGAUAAUAUUUAAGCCAACUUUUCCGAAAAAACUUUAUGCCGUCUGUGAAAAAAUUGGCAAUACAUUCGAGUCAGCAGAAACAGCUUUGAGCCGAGUUGAACAAGCAGGAAUCUAGUAGGCCUGGCCUGGGUUGUGUGCGUGGUGUACCCAACUGCCGGUGUGUCAGUGAGAUCAAGUUUUCAUUGCGAACUUCGGACACAAAUUUCGCUACUCAGCCAGCAGCACAGCAUACUGCGAUUGGUGUGCGGUUUGAGAAAACGAUGAUCGCCAGUUGUGCCAUUGGAAUCUCAUCGGAAGAGUGAUAAAAAGUGUGCGAUAAAAAUGUCUGAGUUUUCGACCGUAGAUUUGUAAACAUUCGGGCUUCGUUUAGUGUGGUGUGACGCGUUCGUGUAUGGUACGAAAAAAUAUACAAUAGCUUAAAAUAUUGUGUUUUUGCAAAUACACAUAAAAUCGUUCGAGACAGAAGUGAAAAUAAACGGUACAUAUUUUGCAUGAAUUAUUCUCGCAAUGGUUCAAGUGGAAAUGAAAAAUUAAAAAUCAAAACGAAGUAUGCUUAGCAAAGCUGGAUGUCAUUCAACUCCCGGCCUGCUUGUGUGAAAUUCCUCACCGUCAGAGAACAUUACAUCAACUACCAGCCUACUAAGCCUACUGUUGGUGCUUCUUAGAGGACCUCUCAUGACCGCAGUGCAGCUUGUGUUUGUGUUGCAAAAAAUAUGACCGGCGUUUUAUGACAUACUUUGUUGGUGACAAGUUUUUAAUCGUGAGCGUGGGACACUAUCUCGAGACCGGAUUGCACCGUGUGACAAUUGUUCGUUAUCGCCAGGGCUUGUGUAACGAUCUGUGCUCCCAUGAAAAUGGCACUUUGGCCAAGAAACGCAGCUUUCGCUGUAUGUCUGCACUUGUUGAUCCUGUCCGGUCAAUGGCAACCGUCGAGUGCCAUUAGCAGUGUGCCAGUAGCCGGAGUGGCCACCGUUGGCAGUGGUGGAAACAGCAGUGAAAAUGUACUGCUCCAAACCGAGACCAGUACAGGAACGGGUCCGACGUCGGGAACUAAGCGGACAUGUUCUAACGUACAUUCCAUUUUUGAGCAACGGGGUUUCAACACAGCGAACAUGCCAACUGACCCAGUUACAGAUAGACCGUUACGAUACUGUGAUGUGCCGCCCGGUGGCACCUGUUGUACACACACGAUAGAGAAUAAGCUGGCGGUGCACGCCAAAACCCUGCUGGAGCGAAACACCAAAGACUCGAUUACCAAGCUUUCGUCGGUGCUGGGUAUUCGGGCGCAAAAGUUCAAUGAUUUUUUCAAACAACUGCUCGCUGAAUCCAAAGCCGAGUUUCACGCAAUGUUCAAAAGAACCUAUGGAACUAUCUACGAGCAGAACGCGUACGUCUUCGCCGACCUGUUUAUUGAGUUGGAAAGGUACUAUGCAAACGGCAAAGUUGAUCUAGGUGAAGCAAUGGAUUCGUUCUUCAACGUGCUGUACCAAAAGAUGUUCACCGUACUUAACUCGCAGUAUUCUUUCAACACAAAAUACCUGGGCUGCGUUAGUGAGCAUAUGAAGGAACUGAAACCUUUCGGCGAUGUGCCCGAUAAGCUCUCGGUACAGAUCAAACGGUCCUUCGUGGCGACACGUACCUUUGCCCAAGCUCUGAAUUCAGCUGCCGAAGUAGCCAAGAACAUGGGGAAUGUGCGGUUAACAGCUGAGUGCACGGCAGCGUUGACAAAAAUGAGCACAUGUAAUACUUGUGCGGGGUUCCUGGAGAAGCCAUGCUCGUCCUACUGCGUGAACGUGAUGAAGGGUUGUCUACAGAACUAUCUGGAACUGGACGCCGAAUGGGACUCGUUCGUGGCCACGAUGGAACGGGUGUCCGAUCGGUUGCUGGGCCCGUUCAACAUAGUGAUGGUCGUUGAACCGAUCAACAUCAAAAUCUCCGAAGCUAUUAUGAAUUUUCAGGAAACGGGCCAAGAUAUUUCCAGCCGGGUAUUCCAAGGCUGUGGCAAGCCUACUCUAGGACGCAGGAGGAGAGCAACGAAUCUGGUACCGCUGGUCGAACCAGAGCUUAUCAGAAAUAGACGAAGCAAAAUGAACGAGAACCGAAUCCAAGACGAUAGCGACAUUUUCAUCUUUGACGACGAAACCGUUCCCAACGAGCGGCAACUAACGAAACGUUCGGCUCAGGAGUCGUCCAGCCGGGAACUGAAGUACGAACCGGUGCAGUUUUCCAACGGAGAAAUCCAAUUUACCAACAACAAUAGUCCACCUAGUCAUCAUCAAGCACCGAGCCCAAAUCCCAAUACGAACCGUAGCAAUAAGAGGAAAAACAACCGGAAACAGACUGACGAUGAGGAUAGCACCCGGGAACCGCUCGACAGAUUGGUAAAGGACAUCCGUCAGCGGGUAAAGGAUUCGAAACGGUUUUGGUCCAACCUACCGUACAUGCUAUGUAACAAUGAGGAAGUCGCUGCCUCGCCCAGUAGUGAUGGUAACUGUUGGAACGGACACACCGUUGACCGAUAUCUACACGGGAUUGCCUCCGAGUCGGAGAAGAAUCCGGAAUUCCCGAACCGGUCGGCAAGCAAUAGGCAAAGUGCAAUUGUGCAACAACAGUUGUUCACGUUGCGCACUGCCAUCAGUCAGCUGAGGAAUGCCUACAAUGGACACGACGUCGAGUGGACGGAUCAAGAAGACAACUACUACGGUAGUGGGUCCGGCGGCGGUAGUGGAUUCGAUGAAGACGACGAAGCCGGAUCCGGUCUGGGUCCGUGGGAGGUGGAGGAACGUCACCGGCCAGACAUGCCGGACUAUCCGAUUGGGGUUUCGAAAAGUGAUAUCAACAACGGUGGUAGCACCGGUGCUGGUGGUGCUAAUAACGAAAUCGAAUACACCGGUCACAAGAAUGUCCCCACGGUGGAAGGUGGCAGCGGCAGCAGUAGCGGUGGCACAUCGUCCACCGCUGGCAGUGGCAGCAGCUCGCGAGCUCCACAAAUGUCCAUUACGCGAGCGUUGCUGCAGUUCUUCCUGCCACUGGUGAUUGCGUGGUUCGGUGGACUCUUCGCCGAUUUGCUGUGAUUUGAUCAAUAAGUAGCUGUGUAAUUUGUAUAUUUUAACCUUAUUGGUUCGUUUUUAACUUAUACCGACCAUCCAAAACGAUUUUUGUAUGAUAGGCAGAAUGUGAGAUUCUAGUUCUGCCAUGUGCGCGAUGCAUGCGAGCGCAUGUCCAGAACAACAGAUGUGAAUAUAUAUAUUUAUAGGUAGCCUCUUUUUUAAUUUUUCAAUAACAUGUGUUUGUUGUACUGUACAAGAUUCAAAUUGUGAUGAGAUUCGGUUUUAGGCAGUCGAACGGUGCAUUUUUCCAGUCAAACCAGACGUAGGGACUCACGUGAUACGUAACAAAUCUCCCUUUUAGCGGAUGAUUAACCUCUUGAUUUCAGUAACUGCGUGGAGUGUGGAGUGUCCAAGUUGACGGUGCCACAUGGUACCGAACUGUAUGUUUGUGUUUCGUUUAUCGUGUGUGUUAGCAGUCAUAUACCUGAAGCAAAUGCUGUAGCCUUCCUUCCCAUAUCUACUUAAUUUUAGGAGAAUAAGAGUAUUAUUGUUUUGAUUUCAAUAGGAACACGAUAGUAUUGGACAAUUUCAGUAAUGAAAAAUUGGAAAACUUUGAGUGUAAAUGCAGGAUAUGCUGAAUGUGGCAUUAAAUGCUAAUUUGAUGCAUUUAUUUUCUCACAUAGGUAUUUAAAUCAUGAAAAAUGUGAUUGAUAUUUCCCAAUUAUUUCAUAAACAGGUUCUGAUACUGAUCCAAAAAAAUUAUUACAAUUCAACUUUCCUACUGGAUCCAAUAGCAUCUAUUAUUGUUAUACGAGCUUACAUCUUCUUUCAGACAAUCCAAACGGUGCUGAAUGUUUUAAACUAUCGAUAUCUUCUAGCACUCCUCUGUUAGCAAACCUCUAGGGUAGAUGAAGCAAGAUGAAUAGCCUAACGUUGAACUAGAAUUGAGGCUACUCAGACUUUAUUAUUUUGGCAAAAUUACUGAAAUUUUUUUCAUUGGACAGUACUACUUAAAAUUUUCUUACAAAUAAGAUGUUUGACAUACUUUUCGUAAAACACGAUGUUUUACGUUUUGCACAAAUAUCUUGAGGCAAAAUGGCACCCACCAAAAAUCCGGAAGAGAUGCUUUCUGAGAAUAUUACCGUUAUUACUUUGUAAAAUUUUCUCAAGACAUCCGUAAAGAAAUUCAAUGGAUUU